AUGGAAUCGACACCGACAGCUCCCCAAGUGAAACCCAACAUCUUUUCGAAACAUACCAUCGUCCUGGAUCAUCCAGUCUCCAAAGUCUUCCCCAUCCUUGGAACAGCCAAAAACCAAGAGAAAAUCGCACGCGCGUGUUCAUCUUCCUUGCCCAUAACUGCCUUUAGAUUAUUGAACAAAGACGUCGUUGCCAUCCCUCGCAGUACCCCACUCUCCGGAAUACGUGAUGCCCGUGACCUGCCUGCCGCACAGGAAUUCGAGUCUGAGUCCAAGGGCGCCCGUCAGUUGCCGCGACAGUUUUUUGCCUUCACCGAGACGCAGCACAUGCUUUGUCAAACUGUGUCUUGGAAUAUGGGGUUGGAGGCGACGUUGGUGUGGGAUGAGGAAGCGAUGAUGACAUUAUACGAGAGUAGGGUCACUGGAAAAUAUGGUAUUCGUACUUGGAAAUUGAGAGAGAUGGAAGAAAUAGAGGGCGGUAUGAAGACCAGAGUGACGGAGACCCUCGAGGGAGUCUAUUCUGGGUGGAACAGGAAGGUGGUCCAAAAGAAAACGCGGCAAGCACAUGUGAAUCAGAUGGAAUUAUUUCAUACUUUCUUCGAUUGA